AUGUUUGUUGUGUUUGAUCCUGCACUUAGAGAAAGACACAUAGGAGAUGUGCAGGGCCUGACGCUUCAAGAUGCUGUCAAAGAAAAGCCAGAGGCUUACAAAGCUUUUAUGUCCCACAAGAGAAACCAGCAAAUUCCUGGUGGUGGAGAGAGUCUUGAUCAACUAUCCGAGCGAUGUGUCUCAUGCCUGUAUAAAAUAGUCGAGAAACAUAGAGGGGAGCGUGUUAUCCUAGUCUCUCAUGGUGGAACCAUCAGAGAGCUCUACAGGCACGCCAGUCCCGUGCCGCUCCGCGGUAAAAUAUACAACACGUCGGUUACUGUCGUGCUCGUUUCUGGUGACACUGGCCGCUGCAUUGUCAAGAUGUGUGGAGAUGUUAGCCACCUUGAGGCCACCGGUGUUCUGGAGAAUGCCUUUGGCGGCGACAAGUCUUCAGCCUAA